ACGUCUCAUCUGUUGGCAAGUGGUCAGAUAUGUGCUGUAUGUGCUCGUGAAUUUCAGAGCUCAGAUUACUCUGCAGUGGAGGACCAGCAAGCGGGCAUAAAUAUGAAGGAGAAGAGUGGAGUUUUUCUGGCGUGGAAAGUGUUGCUGGUGGGGAUGUGUGCGCUGCUGCUCCUGAGCUCAGCAGGUUUACUCUUCCUGCUGGUUCGACAGAAAGAGCUGACGGAGCAGCUGGUCAGGUUGGAAGCCCAGAUGCAGGUGCUGUCCCAGAGCUGCAGGCUGCAGGCAGGAGUCCUGGCCGUGGAGCCCGCAGAGGCUGCAGAGCUGAAGAAGCUCCAACGCAGCAGAAGAAACCAGGAGGGAGAAGCAACACAAAGCCAAGACGAGAAGGAAAUGCUGAUGCUGAUGACGUACUCCAUGGUUCCUGUCAAAGCCUUCAUAGAGCUGUGUAAUAGCUCCAGAGGAGUUUGUUUAACAGGCCCACCUGGACCACCAGGUUUGCCUGGUAGAGCUGGUUCACCAGGACCACAGGGUGUGCCUGGGCCGCAGGGGAGAAAAAGAGGAAGAAAAGGACCCCCUGGUGAAAAGGGAGAACCAGGACCUAAAGGAGACCCUGGGCCUCCCGGACUGAAAGGUCCUCCUGGUCGGAGGGGUCCAUCAGGUCCAGCAGGCCCUCCUGGUCCAAUCUGUCCUGCUUGUUAUUCUAAUGAAGUGAGAAACAAGACCAUCGGAGAACACAUCCAUCAAACCAACAUGUUGAUGGAUUCAUCUCCUUCCCUGACCGAUGUAGAAAACAGCAGCUCGACAAUCAACAAGACUGAAUCACCAACACCACACCCAGCUGAUGAGGGCAGAGAUGUAUUGAAUGUUACUGACUCUGAAAAACCUCGAGAUACAAAGUCAGUAGUUCAUCCAGAGUACAGCUACGACGCCUUAAAUGAUACCAACACAGAGAAUGUCACAGAGGAACCAAUUCGAUUAUUAACAGCCCCACUUUCUCCAGACCAAAACAGUGACACCUUCAAUGGAAACGCAAACAUUAAUGAUACAACCGUGCAAAGUGAGUUAGUAUCACCUCGUCCAGACUAUACACAUGACACGUGGAUUGAAACCAGCGCAGAGACUGUUACAGCGGCAUCAAUUCACUUAUUAACAGUUUCCACAGUGUUACCAACACCACAUCUAGCUCAAGAAGCCAGAGAUGUUUUUAAUGUUACUCACUCUGAGAAACUUCGAGAUACAGCUAAUGAAUCUGAGCCAGUAUCAUUUCACAAAGAUGACAGCCAAGACACCCUGAACAACACAAUGAAUGUUACAGAUGGACCAAUUAAAUUAUUAUCAGCUCCACUUUCUGCGGACCACAAUAGUGACGCUGUCAAUAACAGUGGAACCGUUAGUGAUACACCCAUGAAAAGUGACUCUUCAUAUUCACCCCGGAAAAACAACAAGCUAAAUUUGACUAGCAACGAAAUAUGGACUAAAACCGAAUCACCAACUCCACAUCCAGCGGACAACAAUAGAGAUGUGACUGACUCUGAGAAGCUUCUAAAAAACACAAACAUGGAAGCUGAGUCAGUAUCAUUUGAUCAAGACAACAGCCAUGGCACCUUGAACAAUACCAAAAGAGAAAAUGCUACAGAGGCCCCAAUUAAAUUAUUAACAGCUCCACUUUCUGCAGACCAAAACAGUGGAACCAUUAGUGAUACACCCAUGAAAAGUGAAUCACCAACUUCACAUCCAGCUGACAACAACAGAUAUGUGACUGACUCUGAGAAGCUUCUAAACACAAAUAUGGAAGCUGAGCCAGUUUCAUUUCAUAAAGAUGACAGCCAAGACACCCUGAACAACACAAUAAAUGUUACAGACGGACCAAUUUUAUUAUUCACAGCUCCACUUUCUGCGGACCAAAACGGUGACACUGUCAAUAACAGUGGAACCGUUAGUGAUACACCCAUGAAAAGUGAAUCACCAGCUUCACAUCCAGCUGACAACAACAGAGAUGUGACUGACUCUGAGAAGCUUCUAAACACAAACAUUGAAGCCGAGUCAUCAUUUCAAGACGACAGUCAUGGCACAUUGAACGAUACCACAAGAGAAAAUGCUACAGAGGCACCAAUUAAGUUACUAACAACCUCACUUUCUGUAGAUCUGGAGAGGAACGCUUUUAACAACAGUGGAAACAUUAUCCAUACACCCAUGAAAAGUGACUCACUCCACCCACUCCAGACCAACAACCAGAUCAAUGUGACAACCAAUGAGAGAAGGAGAAAAACUGAGUGCAACAUUAGAACUAUUAAAUGUCCGGAGAAAGCCAUCAAAAUGCAAAGCACAUUCGGAGCCUGGAUGUCGGAUGCAUCAAGGCAGGAUGAUGGUCGAUACUGGUUGGCCGAUCAUUUUUCAGGGCGACUUUUGGUAGAGCUCAGGAACAUUUCGGCAUUACAGGAUUCAAGCAACAAAAAUAUAGAUGUCAGGAGGUUCUUCCAGGGCUGUGGUCAUGUUGUCUACAAACAGUCAUUUUACUUUCACAACGCAGGAACAAACAGACUUAUGAAAUUUGACCUGAACACCAGUAGAACAAACACUCUGAUCAUGGAAAACAGCAGAUAUCACCAACUGGCUUAUCUUUUCCCCAACUCAAAGACGUAUUUUAAGUUUGCUGUGGAUGAAAACGGACUGUGGGUCAUUUUUGCAUCAAAUACAGAUGAUGAUGAUACGAUGGUUGCAAAGAUUAAUCCUGACACAUUCAUUGUGGAGUUAAUCAUUAACACUCGCUACCCUACAACUAAAGCAGGAAAUGCUUUCAUUGUAUGUGGGGUGCUAUAUUUUACAGAUGACAAAGACAGAAGAGUUACAUAUGCCUUUGAUUUAAAGAAAGAGAGUCCUCUGGAUGCAAGUUUUGAUUUAAGGCCAGCUAACGGCAUCUUGGCUAUGCUGUCAUAUUAUCCCAACAAAAAGCUUCUGUAUAUGUGGGAUAGCAGGAGUGUGAAAAUCUGCAAAGUAAAACUCAAAACAACCUAGAAACAACCACAAACCUUGUAAAAUUAGUAAUAAAGUUAUUCUUUAAAUCUUAGUUGGCUAAUGUGAAUUUCUUGAAACACUGACCUGAUUUUGACACAUGAGGAAGUUGCUGACAGAAGUUUACAGCAGUAGGUCACACUGGAUAUUGUUUACAAUAAAUAUGUUGGUAAAAUCAAAGAUUACCGACAACUGAUGUACAUGUGUUGAUUCCAAGGGGCCACAAUGCUGGAUGUACGCAGCUGCAUGACAUGAUGAAUGGUCGUGGGGCAAUUUGAACAUUUUUAAUUUAGUUAAGAUUCACAGAGCUGCAACAGUUAUGAAUAGUCUAUUCAUAUUAGAGUUGUGACAACAUGUUUUACCCAAAUUUGUCACAAUAUUCAUUAUUUAGAUGGAUUGUCAUGUUCAUGUCAAAGUACAUAUACAAAAUAUUUUUUUCCCAAAUGUAUUGUGUGAUGCUGAUUAACUGCACAUCUUUUCAUUGCUAUUUGCACCAUCUAUUCUAUUUAGCACUACUUAUCAUUAGUUUAUGUUGCUGUCUGUACCUUGGCAUUGUCAUGAUUUUACUAUUGAUAAAUUUGUUGUGCUUC